ACGUCAACGCCGUAUGACGCUCCACUCCAUUACGAAGAGAUCCAAUCAGAUGACGCCAUGUGGAUUCUGACGUCAGCGUUUAUUAUUUUUACCAUGCAGUCGGGGUUUGGUCUCCUCGAAGCAGGCAUGGUAUCCAAGAAAAAUGAAACGAACAUCAUGGUAAAAAACGCUGUUGAUGUCAUUUACGGCGGCUUCGCCUAUUGGCUGUUUGGAUUCGGUCUCAGUUUUGGCCGGGAUGAGGGAACGACAGCUUUCAACGGCUGUGGUAAAUUUUUUACCGACGCAGAUGAUGACGAAAUGGGUCACGUGUUCGCCAAGUAUUUCUUCCAUUUGUCAUUUUCCACAACUGCGACCACGAUCGUCUCAGGGGCGAUGGCGGAGCGAGUCGAGCUUAAAGCCUACAUUUUGUUUUCGUUCAUCAACACCUUGACGUAUUCUUUACCAGCACAUUGGAUGUGGGAACCGAAAGGCUGGCUUUAUGAGCUUGACGCCGUAGAUGUGGCUGGUUGCGGUCCGGUACAUCUCGUCGGCGGCUUCAGUGGUUUGGUAGCCACGCUCUACCUUAAGCCUCGCUUGGGAAAGUUUGACGAAAAUAAUCGCCCCAGGCCUAACAUAAUGGCUUCUCCGACCAAUGCUAUGCUUGGGACGUUUAUGCUGUGGUGGGGGUGGCUUGGGUUCAAUUGUGGAAGCACGUUUGGGAUCACGGGAGGAAAGUGGAAGCUUGCGUCCAGGUCAGUGACAUAUACAUCCCUUCCAUUACGUCUCUGGUUCGUAUAGUAAUGGAAUAGGUAAAGCGUGACGCAUUAAAUACAUCCGCUACGAUAAAAUCGUACAAGAGAUACCUUGGUGGAGACCACGUUUUGUGUCGUACAUGUAAAUUACAAAGAGGGCAAUUUGUUCUGUCUUUGGCUUUUGUGGUGCACGUGCGCACCAUGUGAUGACAUGCAUUCCUUUUUUUCUUUGCCACGGUAAAGUGCCAAGGGCCUUUAGGAACUUUUAACCAUGAAAAAAUUCUUUGUUAUUUGCAGAGCUGCUGUCGUGACGCUCAACGGUGCAAUCGGUGGAGGAAUUUUUGCAACAGGGUUUAGGUGAGAAAGGUGAUUUUGCAGGUGAUAGAUGACAAACAAACCAUCUUUUUUUUUACCAAUCUGAUUGUUCAGAUUGGCUUCCAGCACGCAACUAAUCCUAGCUGCAUUUCAUGCCUAUAGAUGAUAAAUAAUAUAUAUAUAUAUAUAUAUAUAUAUAUAUAUAUAUAUAUAUAUGUAUAUAUGCAUGCGUUGGAACUGUUAAACCAACGACAAAAUUUUAAUCACGUCAGGAAACGAUUUUAGGAUUCAAUGUUUGCAUGAUAGAGAAGGAUUAUCAAGGCCUCGUCUUGCGUUAUCCUCCUCAGUGUACGGCUUCAACAGCUGAAAACAGCUUCCGUCUCGAUAAUUCUCGAAAUCAUGCUCAACCUUAUCCAAUUAUGAUUAUUAAAUGGCUAAUCACAUUCUAACACUGUCUAAGCAUGUUUUCUUUUUCUCUUUAGCUAUCUGAAAUAUAAGAACAAGCUCCUUAUUGAUGUUUUUGUAACUGGCAUUAUUUCUGGACUCGUUAGCAUUACAGGUGAGAACAAAAAAAAAAAUUGGGGAUCAGUAUCAGCAUUCGGAGCAACAGCGCACCGACCUACCCGUCCCCUAACCCAACAUCAGUCAACGGAUAACAAGUCAGGGUUAGGGGAAGGGAAGGUGAGCAAAAUUUCAAUCAAGACUAAGGGGUGGUGGGUGAGUGUAGAGCGCUCAUCCUCAUGACCAUCUUUUGUUUUAUCGUGUCAUAGUAAAUAAUUAUGAUAAUUCUGUAAGGUUAGUCUUAUUGGUGUGCCACGACCCAUCCACCCAUCCCCCCCCCCUACUUUACCCCGGUCUUAGAAAAGAUGCAAAUAGAGUGUAAUACUGAGUGAAAGGUGACAAAUUGUUGUAUUUUCAUAUGCUUGGUAGGCAAUACAUCUCUAUUUGUAUUUUAUUUUCCAUAUUUCAUUUCUCAGCCAUUUGUCCUGUUGUAACUCCAUGGGAAAGUGUACUGAUCGGCUUCAUUGGAGGCGCGUUUGGUUGUUUUGGCAACAUCCUCCUCGAACGCAUGUGCAUUGAUGAUCCGGUACAUUGUAUUUCAACACACGGCAUCACUGGCUUAUGGGGGAUCGUAGUGGUGGGACUUGUUGUGGAGAGGGACCCAUUCAUGUCCAAGCACUAUGGUGUUUUUAAGGGAGGCAGUUGGAGAGUCCUGGGUGUUCAAAUACUUACCGCUGUCACCAUUGCAUCGUGGACACUAAUCACUACAUUUUUAGAGCUUUAUGCUAUUGAUAAGUUGACCUGUUUGCGCAUGUCAGGUGAGAAGGAGCUCGAUGGUGCUGACAAAUGGGAACAUGGGAUCUUUGCAAACGAAGGCGAUGAUUUCUCAUGUCUGACGUUUGAAAGAGACAGACUUUUUUCUGAAGAGGAUACCGUGCGAUUGCCUAAUUCUUCCUCUCAGCACAGUGGCAUCCAGAGUCAAGAAUCGGCGGUCGAAAAAGUUUAA